CUCCUCCUCCUUUCCUUUCCCUUCACAGAAGCUGGAUAUGGCGAACUUGUGGGGCUCCCGCUUUGCCCGGAGCCGCUUCCUGGGCGGCUUCCUUUGCGGAGCAGCCACCUCAGGCCUGGCCGCCAUUUACUUCCUCAGGAAGAGACCCAAACCUUCCCCGAGCGCCUCUCUGGCAGAAAAACCUUCCCAACCGCCGCCAUUGCUGAGAGACGAACCCCUGAUAGAGCCUGUGCUGGAAAAAUAUGGAUUUCCUAAUGCUGGAACUCAGGUCAGAUAUUACACCAAUCAUGCACUGUCUUAUGAUCAGGCGAAACGGAUACCUAGAUGGGUGAUUGAACACGUUUCCAAGCAUAAGACCUUGGGCAAUGCAGACAGAAAACACUGCAAAUUUAGACCAGAUCCUGACAUCUCUCCAAUGUUCAGUGCCGUGAAUGAAGACUACCUUGGGAGUGGCUGGUCGCGAGGCCAUAUGGCACCAGCAGGAGACAAUAAAUACUCACCACAAGCCAUGGCAGAGACCUUCUAUCUGUCCAAUAUUGUGCCUCAGAACUAUGAGAAUAAUGCUGGAUUCUGGAAUAGAAUAGAAAUGUAUUGCCGAGAACUGACGGAAAGGUUUGAAGACAUUUGGAUCGUUUCGGGACCUUUGACAUUGCCUCAGAUGGAAGGCGAUGGGAAGAAAAGAGUUACUUAUCAGGUAAUUGGAAAAGAUGACGUGGCUGUUCCUUCGCAUCUGUACAAAGUGAUUCUCGCCAGACGCAGCGAAACGUCCGCUGAUCCUUUGGUCCUUGGAGCCUUUGUGGUGCCCAACGUCCCGAUCGGCUUUGACCACCAGCUGCUGGAAUUCCAAGUUAGCAUCGAGGAGUUGGAGAAAAUGUCCGGCCUUGUUUUCUUCCCACAGGUGAAUAAAAGCAAAGAUGUUCGAGAUCUCUGCGAGAUUGAUACUUGUAAGCUGAUGAGCUUGGAAGAGUUCACUUUGUAUAUCGCCACUCGGAAGCUACGGAGCGCCAGGACACUGGAAAGGUUGGAGAAGAUCAUGUCCGAGUUAGAGGAAAAAGAAAUCAAGCCUGACGAAUAUCUCUUGAAGGUUUUUGAGAAGAGGAAAGGAGAAUUAGCGGCGCAAAAGCCAACAGAAGCGAGAGAAGUGAGAGCCGGUUAAUAGUCUCAUUAUGGGGAAAAUAUUUUAAUGUGUGUAUUUUCACUACAACAUUGCCACGCAGGCAGUCUAAUAUAAUUAAAAAAAGAAAACUUGAAGCCUUUUUACUCGAGGCUGCACUCCUCUAGUAAAAGCGCAGCAAUUUGCGAGGAGAAUGCCCUCUCCUCUGGUUGAUGACAGCUUGGCAACUGGGUUUACAGAAACAUGAAAACAGAAAAGGGUAAAUAGAAAAUGGCCGUCUUGGAAAUAUAAAUAUGCGUCUCGAUGCAAUGUUCUUUUUCCAAAAAAAUAUGUGGCUUGCGUCUUUUGUGUAAACACACAACUAAACAAAAACAUUUCCUUUUUUAAAACCUAGUAUCUAUAAAAGAAAGUAACUUUUUAACAUUGCCUUUCAUCUCUUCCACAAAAGCAGUUACUUUAAUUGCAAGAACUUGUUAUCUCCAAAACAUCUAACUCUUUGAAAUGACUGUUUAAUUUUGCAUUGUGUAUACAAUGUGUUGUCGAAGGCCGAAUCACUGAGUUGCUUGA